ACAGAACAUUUUAAAAGAUGUACCUCAGGCCAUAAUGUUCCACCUUGCUUAAAACCUGCCAAUGGCUUCCUUUUGCUAUGAGAUUACAAGCCAAGCACUUUCCAAGGCCUGCCCAUCCAACCUGUGCUGGGUUCUGCCCACCUGUCUUGACCUCUCCCCCUAGGUGCUCGAUGCUCUAACAUUGAGGUUGGUUUCCACCUUCUGACCUUUGUUCUUGCUCUUCCCUCUGCCUGUGCCACCUUCCCCUAGAUCUUCCCAUUAAUAGGCUCCUUCCACACCAUUCAGGACUUAGCUGUAGGUCACCGGCCACCCAAAAGAAAAGAACCCCCACCUCAUUUUCAUUCCUCAAGAGCACCUACCACCAGUGUUUUUCUUGUGUAUUGACGGCCUCUGCCCUAGAAUAUAACCUUGAGGAGGGCAGGGACCACAGGUACUUAGUUAGCGCUGGGUCCCGAAAACCACGUGUACAUCACACAUGUGUAUUUGUUAAGUGGAUGAACGGAUGCUUGGAAGAGCAAGGCCCCCAGUGUGGUAGAGGUGGUGAUGAGCCCUGAUGUUUCUUCUGUGAUGUCAGUUCUCUUUGGAGUGUUGGGGACAGAGAUCGCUGAGGGGAGUGGAAUAGUCCUGCCGAGGGCACAGCCUCCUUUAAGGCACUGGUCAGAGUCUCGGGGGAAGACUGGCACCAACAAACCAUCGCCAGGGUCACAAGUGCUGCAGAGAAGACAUACAAGCUUCAGCGGAGACCUGAUCCAGUGCAUGUGGCUCUGGGAGGAGGAAUUUCUGAGACCUCCAUGUUUUCACUGGAAACUAAAGGAUGAGCAGAGCGGGUCUGACGAUGACAACAGCAACACGACACGAAGUCCUUGGCCUCUACCGCAGAAUUUUCAGGCUUGCGAGAAAAUGGCAGGCGGCGUCAGGGCAGAUGGAGGAUACCAUUAAAGAAAAAAAGUACAUAUUAAAUGAAGCCAGAACACUGUUCCAGAAGAACAAAAAUCUCACAGACACAGACCUGAUUAAACAGUGUAUAGAUGAAUGCACAGCCAGGAUUGAAAUUGGACUGCAUUAUCAGAUUCCUUACCCAAGGCCGAUUCAUCUGCCACCAAUGGGCCUUACCCCAUUACAAGGCCGGGGACUUAGAAGCCAGGAAAAACUGAGGAAACUUUCCAAACCAGUGUAUCUCAAGUCUCAUGAUGAGGUUUCUUAAUCCAGAAGAAAGUUUAUUUCUGAGAAUGAUGAGCCAAUUAAGUCUCGAAUGUAAACCAGAUGACAAAACCCUUCUCCUUGAUUAAGAGCAAAAAUUCAGAUACCUUCUUAAAGCCUUCCCUUGAUGUGUGCUCCCACAUCCUGUGGUUUGAUCUGAGUGGGCCAUGCUAACACUGAGGUCCCUGAAGAAUCAUUUGGAAUCAAGACUUAAGGCCUAUGGAAGGAAGGCAGGAGGAUGAUGAAGCUUUUCAUGGCGCUGCCUUUCACCAGACAUGCCAGCUGCUACAAAGAGAUUACUAGUUGCCAGAACUUUUCAAGUUACAGAUUUACCUAAAAGUGUGUGCUUUAUUGUCUUUUCAUCCUUCCAGUUUCCAGAUAAAUACCCCUUAAUAAGCGCAUCAUUGAAUUGAUCAUGGGUGAGAUCUAGCUUCACCCCUAACGUACACAUACACAAAAGUUCAUAUCUUCAAUAAAUGUAAAAGUUUAUCGUGAAGCCUAUGAUAUUACUUAUGAUGCACUUG